CGGCCCAGCGCUGGGAUUUCUCGGCUCGCGAGGAGAGCGGAGCAGGCGCGCGGCCCAGGCGGGGGAGUGCGGACUCUGGAGCAGCCGGAGCUGGAGGAGGAGGAGGAGGAGAGGCGGCGGGGACGCAGGAGGCGGGGGAGAGUCGCUCCCGCCCGGCGAGCAUGGGGCGCCUGGCGCCGAGGCCGCUGCUGCUGGCGCUCCUGUGGCUGGCUCUUUGUCGAGGGCGCGUGGUGAGAGUCCCCACAGGGAGCCUGGUGCGGGUGGUGGGCACUGAGCUGGUCAUCCCCUGCAACGUCAGUGACUAUGACGGCCCCAGCGAGCAGAACUUUGACUGGAGCUUCUCGUCUUCGGGGAGCAGCUUCGUGGAGCUGGCCAGCACCUGGGAGGCAGGCUUCGCAGCCCAGCUGUACCGCGAACGCCUGCAGAGGGGCGAGAUCGUGUUGAGGAGGACCGCCAAUGAUGCCGUGGAGCUCCACAUCAAGAAUGUCCAGCCCUCAGACGAGGGCCACUACAAAUGUUCAACCCCCAGCACCGACGCCACCGUCCAGGGCAACUAUGAGGAUACAGUGCAGGUUAAAGUGCUGGCCGAUGCCCUGCGCGUGGGUGCCGCCGCGCCGCCCGCCCCGGGCCUGAGCCUGCGCCUGGGCGAGCCGUUCGAGCUGCGCUGCGCGGCCUCCACGGCGUCGCCGCUGCACACACACCUGGCGCUGCUGUGGGAGCUGCAGCGCGGCGCGGCCCGGCGGAGCGUGCUGGCCCUGACCCACGAGGGCCGCUUCCGCCCGGGGCCCGGCUACGAGCAGCGCUACCGCGCCGGCGACGUGCGCCUGGACACCGUGGGCGGCGACGGCUACCGCCUGGCCGUGGCCCGCGCCCUGGCCUCGGACCAGGGCUCCUACAGGUGCGUGGUUAGCGAGUGGAUCGGCGAGCAGGGCAGCUGGCAAGAGAUUCAAGAGAAAGCCGUGGAAGUGGCCACCGUGCUGAUCCAGCCAACAGUUCUGCGAGCAGCUGUGGCCCGGAGCGUGUCUGUGGCUGAGGGAAAGGAGCUGGAUCUGACCUGCAAUAUCACAACAGACCGAGCAGAUGAUGUCCGACCCGAGGUGACGUGGUACUUCGGCAGGUCGCCCGACAGCACUUUGCCUGGCUCGCCCGUGUUGGCGCGGCUGGACCGGGAUUCCCUUGUGCACAGCUCUCCCCAUGUUGCUUUGAGCCAUGUGGAUGCACGCUCCUACCAUUUACUGGUUCGAGAUGUUAGCAAAGAAAACUCCGGCUACUAUUUCUGCCACGUGGCGCUCUGGGCACCCGGACACAACAGGAGCUGGUACAAGGUGGCAGAGGCCAGGUCUGCCCCGGCCAGUGUGGAUGUGACCUGGCUAGAACCAGACUACCAGGUGUACCUGAACGCUUCGAAAGUCCCCGAGUUUUCUGAUGACCUCACAGAGCUGGAGUGCCGGAUAGUGGACAUGAAGAGCUCGGAGGCCAGCGUCCGCUUCACCGUGUCCUGGUACUACAGGGUGAACCGGCGCAGCGACGACGUGGUGGCCAGCGAGCUUCUCGCGGUCAUGAGCGGGGACUGGACGCUCAAGUAUGGAGACCGGAGCAAGCAGCGCGCCCAGGACGGAGACUUUAUUUUUUCUAAAGAGCACACGGACACGUUCAGUUUCCGAAUCCAAAGGACUACAGAGGAAGACAGAGGCAAUUAUUACUGUGUUGUGUCUGCGUGGACCAGACAGCGUAACGACAGCUGGGUGAAGAGCAAGGAUGUCUUCUCCAAACCCGUCACCAUAUUUUGGGCAUCCGAAGAUUCUGUGCUCGUGGUGAAGGCAAGGCAGCCGAAGCCUUUCUUUGCUGCAGGAAAUACAUUUGAAAUGACUUGCAAAGUGUCUUCCAAGAAUAUUAAGUCACCACGCUACUCUGUUCUCAUCACUGCUGAGAAGCCUGUGGGGGACCUUUCCAGUCCCAAUGAAACCAAGUACAUCAUCUCCCUGGACCAGGAUUCUGUGGUGAAGCUGGAGAAUUGGACAGAUGCGUCGCGGGUGGAUGGCGUUGUAUUGGAGAAAGUGCAGGAAGAUGAAUUUCGCUACCGGAUGUACCAGACUCAGGUCUCGGAUGCGGGGCUGUACCGUUGCAUGGUGACAGCCUGGUCUCCUGUCCGGGGCAGCCUGUGGCGAGAAGCAGCCACCAGUCUCUCCAAUCCUAUUGAGAUUGACUUCCAAACUGCAGGGCCUCUAUUUAACGCCUCCGUGCAUUCGGAUACACCAUCGGUCACCCGGGGAGAUCUGAUCAGAUUGUUUUGCAUCAUCACUGUUGAAGGAGCAGCACUGGACCCAGACGACAUGGCCUUUGACGUGUCCUGGUUUGCGGUGCAUUCCUUCGGUCUGGACAAGGCUCCCGUCCUCCUGUCUUCCCUGGACCGGAAGGGGAUUGUGACCACGGCCGAGAGGGACCAGAAGAGCGAGCUCAGCCUGGAGCGCGUGAGCGUGCUGGAAUUCUUGCUGCAAGUCCACGGCUCUGAGGACCAGGACUUUGGCAACUACUACUGCUCCGUGACUCCGUGGGUCAAGUCCCCGACGGGUUCCUGGCAGAAGGAGGCCGAGAUCUACUCCAAGCCCAUCUUUGUAACUGUGAAGAUGGAUGUGCUGAACGCCUUCAAGUACCCGCUGCUGAUCGGCGUGGGCCUGUCCACCGUCAUCGGGCUCCUGUCCUGCCUCAUCGGCUACUGCAGCUCGCACUGGUGCUGCAAGAAGGAGGUCCAGGAGACAAGGCGCGAGCGCCGCCGGCUCAUGUCCAUGGAGAUGGACUAGGGCCCCGCCGGGGAGCGGCCACCGGGGCGGUGCAGGAGUGAUUUGGGCGGGAAGAGGACAGCGAGCUUUUCACGUGCAGUGUGUGACACUAAAAACCAGUCCUCUCUCAUCUCAGGUGGGACCUGGCGCGCUCUCUUCUCUGCAUGUCCAGUCCUGAGCGCGGACACGUUUACCAGCACACGGCUCUCCUUCCCACGGCACUUUCUGGUAGAACAGUCGCGUGUGUGUGUUCCCAGCUGCGGCUUUUUAAUGGUUACCCCUUCGUCUAAUUUUUUUUUCUCCUGCCGGUUUAUAGAUCUCUGACCUAUGUGUGUUCAUAUGUUUGGUUUCGAGGGGUUGCGGGGAGGAAGGACGAUGGCUUUCAGAGUUCUUGGUCUCGGGGGGUGGGGGGAGGACAGAGCUGCCCGCCGGGGCCAGCUUCUGCGUGGGGGGCCCGUGUGAGGAGAGCUGCCAGUGCAGCCCUCUGCCCCGCCCCGACCUGUGCCGAAGGCUAACAGGUGGCUUUUACCACCCUACCCACCCUUUAGGGGUUUUCAGGGGUUUAGACGACAUUUGAAAUCUAAACUUGCAGUAUGUAACUUCUUACUGAGCCCAAAUGCUUUUCUUUUUUUCCUUUUUUUUUUUUUAAUGCUUCUCUGCCCCCUUUCCAUUUCUUUUGUAUUUGCUUUUAUGUGAGCGUGCUGACAUGGCCCUGGAAUCUAGAAUUUGGCUCUCCACCAAGCACCUUAUCUUGCCACCUUAGCCUUAAGAAUGAAUAUGACUACGAAGAAUACACAGCCACCUCUGUCCAGAGCAGUACGAAGGUCCUCAAGGAAGAGGACGAUGGGGACAAGGGAAGGAGGAGGUACUCACUGCAGUGGUUCCGAGGCCACCGUGCCUCGGGGGGCCCCAAGAAGCGUGGAAGAGGGUCCUGGGAGUUAGAUGCCCGCGGCUCGUGCCGGGGCUGUGUCCGGAGGAGGGGGCCACCGCCGCCCCCCGCCCGCCCUUUGUGGGUGGCAAAGGCCUUGGCCACCAAGGGACUGCCAGAGGCACCCACGGAUGCCCCGCGUCCUUCACGGGCUGCUUGGGCUCCUUCACGUGAAGGUGUGUUGCUGCUUGCAAGACUGCCUGACUUCACAGAAUCAGAAAUUGCCUGGAAGAAAACCAUGCAUUUUCCAUGACCUUUUCAGUCCUUCAAGUCUUUGUAAGAUCCCCUGCAGGGGGUUAGCGAGAAAGGGUAUGCUUUGUGAUAUGUUUGCUUUCCUGUUAGGCACACGGAGGAAACCAGCAAUUUACUGCCGUGUGAACAGCCUACAAAGUAGAUCUGAGAGCAAUCCGUUUUGCCCGAUUGCUCGUCCCCGGAGUAGGACACGGACCAAAAGAGAUCCUCUGCUCCCUGAGGCGUCUGCCCCUGCACAGCACUGGCCUUUCGGAAGCAUCCCAGUGGGGUUUUCUAGGGCUCACUGGUGACUCAUGCCCUGCAUUGCAAUCCUCUGUGCUUUUAUCCUGGCUCUGACGAAUCUAACACUGCUCUGUCUUCCGAAGGGAAAAAAGAUUCGUUUGUUUUGAGCAAUAAAGUCAUACAAAAUGAUGGCCAUUCAUGUGCGGCUCUUUGUCACAAUGGGCCGGACGAGCCACACUCCCCCUCGGCUCACCAUUGUCCCCUCCACUUCCCUCACUGUGCUGCCGACAAUCCGUUCUGCCCUUGUCACCGAGUCUCCCCUCCUGCUCCCCGGAGGGCAGGGGGUACAGAUUGCCACCCAGCUUCCCCUUUUUGUUCUACCCACCCAGGGGACCCCACAUAGUAGACACCAUGCUAAUGGUAGAAGCACAGAUGAGUUCCCGGCCCAGCGUCUGCCCCACCGGAGCACAGGCGACCAGAGGAAGAGGGGGAGGCCUUGAUAGCUCUAGAUUCGGGUCUUUUCUACCCAUCGUUUCUGGACUCUGCGAUUUCAGAGGAGGUGGGUCACAGGUGAUUGUAGAUAGGGAAUUAAAGAGAGACCACAUAUUCACAGGUGCUAU